CCGCCCCGACCUCAAGCCCCGCCCAGGCUGUGGCCGUUCCCCACCUCCCGUCUCUGAGCUGAAGCGGCAUUUUCCGAGCCUGCUGCGGUCUGGGUGGCGUUCGGCCACGGGAGACUGUGUAGCCCCGCCGCCCGCGGGCAAUGGUGCGGCGGAGCGCGCGGACGCGGGAGGUCCUGCGGUGGGCAUGAAGGAGGAUGGAAGGGCAGGACGAGGUGUCGGCGCGGGAGCAGCACUUCCACAGCCAAGUGCGAGAGUCCACGAUAUGUUUUCUUCUUUUUGCCAUUCUCUACAUUGUUUCCUACUUCAUCAUUAGAAGAUACAAGAGAAAAUCUGAUGAACAAGAAGAUGAGGAUGCUGUAGUCAACAGGAUAUCGUUGUUUCUGAGCACCUUCACUCUAGCAGUUUCAGCUGGUGCUGUUUUGCUUUUACCCUUCUCAAUCAUCAGCAAUGAGAUCUUGCUUGCUUUUCCUCAAAACUACUAUAUUCAGUGGCUGAAUGGCUCCUUGAUCCAUGGUUUGUGGAAUCUUGCUUCUUUAUUUUCCAAUCUUUGUUUAUUUGUGUUGAUGCCUUUUGCCUUUUUCUUUCUGGAAUCAGAAGGUUUUGCAGGGCUGAAAAAGGGAAUCCGAGCCCGCAUUUUGGAAACUCUGGUUAUGCUGCUGCUUCUUGCGUUGCUGAUUCUUGGGAUGGUGUGGGUGGCUUCCGCCCUGAUUGACAGUGAUGCUGCCAAUCUCUGGGAAUUCUACUUGCCCUAUUUGUAUUCUUGCAUUUCACUAAUGGGAUGCUUGCUGCUUCUCUUGUGUACUCCAAUUGGCCUGUCCCGUAUGUUCACAGUGAUGGGUCAGUUGCUGGUGAAGCCAGCGAUUCUUGAAGACCUGGAUGAACAAAUUUAUAUGAUUACUCUAGAAGAAGAAGCACUCCAGAGAAGACUACAUGGGCUAUCUUCAUCGGUGGAAUACAACGUAAUGGAAUUGGAGCAAGAACUUGAGAAUGUAAAGACCCUUAAGACAAAAUUAGAGAGGCGAAAAAAGGCUUCAGCAUGGGAGAGAAAUUUGGUGUAUCCUGCUGUUAUGGUUCUACUGCUUAUUGAAACAUCCAUUUCAGUCCUCCUGGUGGUGUGCAAUAUUCUUUGCCUGCUGGUUGAUGAGACUGCAAUGCCAAAGGGAACAAGGGGCCCUGGCAUAGGAAGCGCCUCUCUCUCCACUUUUGGCUUUGUGGGAGCUGCACUUGAAAUCAUUCUGAUUUUCUAUCUCAUGGUGUCUUCUGUUGUUGGUUUCUAUAGCCUCAGAUUUUUUGGAAACUUUACACCCAAGAAGGAUGACACAACUAUGACAAAGAUCAUUGGGAAUUGUGUGUCAAUCUUAGUCUUGAGCUCUGCUUUGCCUGUGAUGUCAAGAACACUGGGAAUUACUAGAUUUGAUCUACUUGGAGACUUUGGAAGAUUUAAUUGGCUGGGAAAUUUCUAUAUUGUUUUAUCCUACAAUUUACUCUUUGCCAUUGUGACAACAUUGUGUUUGAUCAGAAAAUUCACAUCAGCUGUACGAGAAGAACUUUUCAAGGCCCUAGGACUUCACAAACUUCACUUGUCAGAUACCUCAAGGGAUUCAGAAACUACAAAGCCUUCUGCAAACGGGCAUCAGAAAGCACUAUGAGACCUGACUGCCUCAGUAGCACUCUACAGCAAGUCCUGAUAACUUCUGAUUCAUGACAUUCCCAUAGACACUGUUCAUUCUUGUGGGUCUGGGCCCAACUGUCAGUGCCCUUUCUUAUAAGCACUGACAGCUUGGCACUGCUCAUCUGUGUCUCCUUUGAGUUUUCUGACUGACUGUACCGCUUUUGGUUAAACCCUGAGUCUUAGAGCCUGAGGAAAAGCUGUGUGUCUAUAGCAGGAGCCAUGUGGAUGAGAGGUGAAGACUUGGACUUUCUUAUGCUUUGCUUUACACCAUGAGAAGUUUGGUUCUGCAGGCAAGAGCCUGCCUGAAAGUUAUCUGGUACCCUAAAGCAUUUUCAGAAGGUCCUGGGAACUGGCUAUACAAGUAACAAACUACAUUUUUUAUUUCCUUAAAAAACAAAAAGCAGAUUUUCCGAUUCAUGUUACAGAAUCUUCAUUAGACUUUGAGCUAGUGGAAAAUAUUAGAUUCUUUUCAUACCUGAGCCUUGGUGGGCAGCCCCAGGACUAUGUUUUUUGUGGUAAGCUGAAGUAUGAAGCACAUAUGAUUGUAGAUUUGGACAGUGUGUGUUCACCUCAUAAUACUUUUCACAGCACAGUGCUAGUGUUGUACACACAUGUAACUUAGACUUUGCCUAAGUAGGUACACUCAUUUUUAAAAACCUCUUUUCAAAAACUACUCUACUUUAUGCUUGUUGUGUGCGUGAAAACCAAAGACAGAAACUGCUUCUUCUUCAUGUCCCUCAGGCUUUGGUGACUCUCAUAUACACCACCUUAAGUCUCCACUUCAGGCAGGUUACCAGUGUGAUACCCAGAACUUAAAGGUCAGGUUCUCCACGGAAGGGCAGGUGCAGUGUAAUAUGAACUCAUAACUAUUCAGUUGUUUAGUUUAACUGUUGGGAUGGUUUCUCAACUCCUGAGUCUACUGAUGAAAAAAAAAAACAAAAAAAACGAGCGCAUGCUAUUAUUUCUAGGUAGCACACAUUUCACAGAAAUAUAGUGAUGCUCAAAAGCACUGUAUGGAUGACAAAACAGGGUUUGUGUUCAGAAAAAGUAAAGCACUUUUUUCUCAAAUUGUUGAAUUUAGUAUCUUUUGGAGAACUAUAUGAAAGGCUGUAUCAGAAAACCAAGAUUUAGCUCUAUGUUUAUAAGUCGUUGAGUCCACAUCUUUAUUUACACCAUGGCAUUCCCUGAUACCCCAGGUUAGUUUUAAGGAAACUUGGUGCUGUGGCUCUGAGUGAGUCAGUGCGUGCCUCCAGUGAGUCCUGGUAGAUCCCGAGUGUGAGCUCCUGCACUAGCACAGUGUGACUUGGCUAUUUCAGAUUUACCUGAUCAUUAAUGCCAGGCUCUGAAGCAGAGCAAGUCAAGGAGCGGUCAGAGUUUUCUACUGUAGUCACUUACGGUGCACACCAUUUGCCAACAACCAAAUAGAGCUCUGUAAGGUAAGGUAUCUGAAAAUUUUCAUAAAAUACUGAACUUUUCAAUGUCUGUCUCUAAUUUUCUUAAUGUGUGUGUGUGUGUGUGUAAGAGAGAGAAAGAGAGAGAGAGAGAGAGGGAGAGAGAGAGAGAGAGAGAGUUUGAGUGUAUGAGGGGGAGGGAGGGAAAGAGAUAGACAGAUGAGCAGAUAGACAGACAGGGUAGGGCAUUAAUGAGUAAAGAUCUGAGGACAGCUUUCCGGAGUCAGCUCUUUCCUUUCACCAUGUGUGAUUGGAACCUUUAUCUGCUGAGUAAGUCCUAAACUUCUUAUUCAUUUGGAGGUUCUUAAUUUGAAGAUGGGAUCCAGGCUUGGGUGCCCAAGCUUAAGUCAGAUAUAUGAUGAAUUUUAAAACACUGACUGAAGAUAUUUGGUGAUGAGAUGGAAAGUGGGCUUUAAGAAUUGUCUUACCUUGGAUCUCAGGCCCUCUGUAGUUGAUCCACUGCGUGGUCAUCACCUUUUGAGGAUCGCUGGUCACUCACCUGAGAGUUACCUGGGGGGAGGGACUGGGUCCAGGUGCCAUCACUGCACUGGGCAUGUGUUGGGGGCUGGCUGAUAGAGAACUUCAUGAGUGGACAGCAGCAUGCUGAGGCUUCACAUUCCACGAUUGUGAAGACAGUUCUAUUCAGGAGUCCUGCAUUGCAGUGCUGUUUUACAGAGUUCAGAAAGCUCUGCCAAAAAGAACUCCCAUUCACACUAGUCAUGGCACUCUAUUUUUGACUAGAUGAGGCUGCACCAGUGACUGUGUUAAGUAGUCCUUUUGUUCUCUUUCCUUGAAUGUCCUCUUUAAAAGGCCAUGAAACUGGGCAUACUGGUGUUUGCCUUAUAGCACUCAAGUGGCAGAGGCAGGAGGAUCCCUACGAAUUUGAAGCCAGACUCCUUUACAUAGUGAGUUCCAGGCAAGCCAGUGCUACAUAGUGAAGCUUUCUCUCAAAAGCAAACAAACAUACAAACAAACAAAAGCAAAAUGAAUGAAUGAGGGUUGGAGGUGGAGUGGCUGGAGAGAUGGCUCAGCAGUUAAAGAGCAUUAGCUUUGCUUUCAGAGGACUCAGAUUUGAUUCCCAGCAUCCACACGGUGGCUCACAGUCAUCAGUGACUCUAGUCUCAGGGGAUUAAAUACCCUUUUCAGGCCUCCAUGGGCACUGCAGGCACACCGUGAAGGAAAAACACUUCUAUACAUAAAAAUAAUUACUACAAUUUAAGCAAAAUGGGCACCAAGCACUUUAGAGAUCUUGAUGAGAGGAUAUAACAAAUUUUAUACAUUGUAACAUUUUUUUAUAUUUUCUAGCAUAUAUUUUCUAUCUAUCUAUCUAUCUAUCUAUCUAUCUAUCUAUCUAUCUAUCUAUCUAUCUAUCUAUCUAUCUAUCUAUCUUAUGUAAAAUAAGGUCUGGCCUAAAUAUGAGACCCUGUGUGGUUGUCUACAAACACAGUUAGUUAGCUCCUUCAGUCACACCUCUUUGGGGCUGGCUGGUGAAUCAGAAUGGACCCUGUUGUGUCUGCUUCUUACCACCUAAGGGGCUGUGGGCUCCUAUUCAUGGUGGCAGUUGUUGCCACCUCUGCUUUGGCCAGGCACAGUAGGUGAUCCUUAUAGUCAGCAGCACAGAUUCCCAUUGAUUCCAGUCUAUGUAUUUGCUUGUGGUUGGUACAGUAUUUAAUGCAUAUAGUCUUUAAAUAUGUGAACAUAUGUAGCACUGCUUUUAAACUUAAACUGCCAUGAUACUGUCCAUAUGUCUAGACACACUGGUAAAUUUUUGUUACAUAUUGUUUUCAAAUUUUCUGUUAGUCUUGUUUCUAUGAGGUACUCUUAUUGUGACUUAAAAUUCUUAGAAAUUAAAGUUCUGAAAAAAUUCUAA